AUGGCCGGCCCAUGGACCUUCACUCUCAUCUGUGGUUUGCUGGUAACCACUUUGGUACAAGCUACUCUCAGUCCCCCUGCGGUUCUCAACCUAGGCCCAGAAGUCAUCAAAGAAAAGCUGAUCCAGGAGCUGAAGGACCAUGAUGCUAUCAGCAUCCUCCAGCAGCUGCCAUUGUUCAAUGCCUUGCUGAAGGAGCCAGCCGGGGGCAUCCCUUUGCUAGGCAGCCUAGUGAACUCCAUCCUGAGCUAUAUCAUCUGGCUGAAGGUCACCUCAGCCAGCAUCCUCCAGCCACAAGUGCAACCCUCGGCCAGAGGCCAGGAGCUAGUGGUCAAGGUCCCCUUGGACAUGGUGUCUGGAUUCAAUACUCCCCUGGUCAAGACCAUCGUGAAGAUACACAUGGAGACUGAGGUCCAAGCUAUCAUCCAAGUGGAGAGCAGCAGGCAGGGUCCCACCCGCCUCAUCCUCAGUGAUUGCUUCAAUAGCCAAGGAAGCCUGCGCAUCAGCCUGCUGGACAAGCUCUCCUUCCUGGUCAACUCCUUAGCCAACAAGGUCAUAAGCUUCCUAGUGCCAGCCCUGCCAGAGUUGGUGAAAAGUCAGCUGUGUCCCGUGAUGGAGAUGGCCUUCAAGGAUAUGUAUGCCGACUUCCUGCACCUGGUGAAAGAACCUGUUGCCCUCGGCUUUGACCACCUGGAGUUUGAUCUUCUGUCUUCUGCCAUCAAGAAUAAUGUCAUCCAGCUCAACCUGAACGCCAAGUUGUUGGACUCACAGGGAAAGGUGACCAACUGGUUCAAUGACUCUAUAGCAUCCCAGACGGUGCCCACCCUGGACAGUGCUCCUUUCAGCUUCAUUGUGAGGCACGAUGUGGUGGAUUCUGCAGUGGGGGUCUUGCUCCCUCCAGAGGAACUUGCGGUCCUAUUGGACUACGUGCUUCCUGAGCUGGCCCGUCGGCUGAAGUCAAGCAUCAAGGUGAUCAGUGAAAAGGCUGCGGAUCAAAUGGGGCCCACACAGAUUGUGAAGAUCUUAACUCAAGAUACCCCCAAGCUCCUUCUGAGUGAGGGCAACGCCAAGGUGGCCCAGCUGAUCAUGUUGGAGGUGUUUGCCACCAAUGAAGUCCGCCGCCCCUUCUUCACCAUAGGCAUUGAAGCUAGUUCAGAAGCCCAGUUUUUCACCAAAGAUGACCGACUUAUGCUCAACUUGAAUGAAAUCAGUUCUGAUCGGAUCCAACUGAUGAACUCGGGAAUUGGCCUUUUCAACCCUGAGCUUCUCAAAGACAUCGUCACUGAGAUCCUGUUCUCCGUCCUGCUGCCCAACGAAAACGGCAAAUUAAGAUCCGGGGUCCCAAUUACGAUCGUGAAGGCCUUGGGAUUUGAGGCAGCUACAUGGUCUCUGACCAAGGAUGCCCUUGUGCUCACUCCAACCUCCUCAUAG